AUGUUAAAAUAAUUAGAAGAUGCUCUCAUUAAAUUAGAAGUAUAUUAUAAUUAUAAAUAAGGAAACUUCGAAUAAUUGUUUCAAAGUACUUGAAAAAGAGAGACAAAAUAGAAUCAAGAUCACAACAGAAAUUGAAUAGACUUAGUAAGAAUUAGAGGAAAUACUGAAUAAUGAAGAAUAAAUGAUUAGAAAUAUAAUUGCUGUUGAAUUGGAGAAACCUGUUUAAAUAGGAACAAAAUUUCAAGCAAAAUUAAUCAAAUAAAUAGAAGUAGCUAAAUUUAAACAUGUGGAAAGAACAAAUAUGGUAGAUGAAUUAUUAGAAACUAAUACAAAUUUAAGAAUGGAAUUACAUUAAUUAGAAAAGUAGUUAUAAAGAUCUUAAGCUUAAGUUUAAGAUUUUGGUAAUUAAUUAAGUCAAAAAUAAACUGAAUUUCUUGAUUUAUAGAUUUUAUAAGCAGCUAAACAUAAGGAAUUAAAAGAAUUAAUAGAAGAAGUAUAAGAAAUGAAGGAAUUAUUAUAAAAGGUUAAGGAAGUAUAGUAUACAUUAAAUAAAGUAAUUGGUAAGAAUAAUAAUAAUAAUAAUAAUAAUAAUAAUGAAUUUAGUAAAACAAAUUCAACUGAAGAAGCAUUCAAAUUAACUUAAUCUAAACGAUCUGUAAAUGGAAAUUCUUUAAAUAAUGAUUAUUAAUAAGAUAAAAAUGAAGAAUUUUGGUAUACAUUACCUCCUACUCCACCUUUAAAAUUGCCUAGAAUAAAAUGA